GUCUAUAACCUAAUUUUUUAAUUAACAUAACCUAGGUUUUUAACCCAUAUAAUAAAUGAUUUUUAUAUAGUAAAUAAUUUAUAAUGAGUCUUUGUGAGGCAGAAAAAACGUUUAUAUUACACGGUGUUGAGGAGAAUUUUAGAAUAGAUGGACGAGAAAGAGAAGAUUAUAGACCAAUGGAGGUUGAAAUUGGUAUUAUUUCGCAUGCUUUUGGUUCGGCCAGGCUAAGAUUAGCUAAUACAGACGUAUUAGUAGCUGUAAAAAUUGAGGUUGACACCCCUUACCCUGAAAAACCUUCUCAGGGAAAACUGGACUUUUUUGUCGACUGUUCUGCCAAUGCAACUCCUGAUUUUGAAGGAAGAGGAGGUGAAGAUUUGGCUACUGGUAUAUCAAAUAGUUUGUCAGAUGCUUAUAGGUCAUCAAAAGCGUUUGACUUGAAAAAGUUGUGCAUUAUGAAGGGUCAGAAAUGUUGGAAAUUGCUAGUUGAUAUUCUUUUAUUAGAGUGUGGUGGAAAUUUGUAUGAUGCUGUGUCAUUGGCUGUUAAAGCUGCUCUAUGGAAUACACGUGUUCCUGGUGUUAAGUCUGUUGGUAUUGAUGGAAAAAAUGUCGAACUAAAUGUUUCUGAAAGAUUAAACGAUUGUGUUCCUCUCGAUGUGUCAGGUGCCCCUGUAAUGGUAACUGUGUGCAAAAUAGGCGAAUAUUGUGUUGUGGAUCCUAGUGCUGCUGAGGAAAAAUGCUCUUCAGCUGCUCUAGUUGUUGCUGUAUCUCAGGGGAAUAUUACAACUGUUCUACAAGGCAGUGCAGGAUCGUUACAUCCUACAACAUUAAUGGAUAGUUUAGGUUUAGGAGUUGAGGUUGCUAAUCAGCUUAAUAUUGCUCUUAUGGAAACACUUCAAUCUGCUCCUCCACAUUUUGAUGUGGGAUUUUUAAAAUAAUUCCAUUGAAACUUGUUACAUUUCUGUAUAAAACACAUUAUUUAGUUAAUAUUAUUUGUGAUAACUAUUUAAAUACAAUAUGUGUGAGGUCUCAAAAC